GACAACAAACAUAGAUACCACAGCAGAGCUGACGUUGCAAUCACCUACACGUUAUUUGUUGGAAGCUUAUUUCUGGAAUUCUGUGCAAUGUUUAUGAUGGUGAUGGUGUCACCUUGGACAUGGGCAUGGCUCAAGGUCAACAAGUGUAGUGUUUGGCUCACUCGCAUGUCCUGGAAGCUUGUCUCCAGUAAUAUUAUUGGAUGGCCGGAGGAGAAGCCUCUGUGGUCAAACAAGAUGGGGCAAUACAAGUUUCUGAGCCAUGUGGGCUGCGAGGGGGAAAAGCCGAGUAGCUCGUUGGAACGAGGGGUCAGGAAAAUGGAAAAAGUAGUUGGCAUAUUGUUUUGGUUGAGCAAGUUAUUAGACACCAAGUAUGAACAGGUGGACAAGGAUACCAUAGAGAGUUUUGUGAAAGAGAUUACAACCAUUUUUGCGUCCCCUUUUGGACGAUCAACUAGUGGUGGCAAGAAAAAAGAGUGGCAACAUCUAGAGGGGUUCAUACGCAGUCUGGCGAGAGAAUUGUCUAACAAUUUUAGUGCUGUCAUAAUCCGUUUGCAUAUAUCAACAGUAAUACACCUGAGUGAGGUUUCAAGUGUGGAUGUGGAGACAGUUGCCUUGGUUGGUGUAUGCCAAAAACUAUCCAAUUAUAUGAUGUACCUUCUUGUCACACAACCAGUUAUGUUGCAGGUCACUGCUACCAGCGCCAAAUCAGUGCUAGAUGGCUUCCGUGACAAGUUUGUGACGAUGAUGACAGGCAGCGGCAGCAGCAUCGGCAAGCAGCAACAUGCCAUUCUGCAAAACCUCAAAGAGUUACUAUUGGAGGAGUCUUCCUCCUUGUAUCUGCCCGAACCAUGUAAAGAAACACUGGAUGAGAUGAGAGACAUGUGGGUGAGGAUCAUCGUGUACGCCGCUGGCAGGUCGCGGCCGGAGACUCACGCCACACAGCUAGCCAGAGGAGGGGAGUUCCUUACCUUCAUCUGGCUGCUCAUGGCACACAAAAACGUUGGGUCUUCAGUGGCCACUCCAGUGGAUCUUAUUAGCCCACCUUCUACUUUUGGACCUAUGACUGAUGUGCGAUUUUACGCCUUUGACUUUCGAUCAUAAUUCACAGCAAAUUGAUGCCAUCAUCUGAGAUCGGUUGCUUACGGCACACAUAGAGAGACAGAGUGCUCGAGGACUACGUGUUCGACAUGACCAGACUUCAUAUCAUCGUAUGCUUCCCAUGUCCCUUCUCCAUUGACGCAAGUCAGCUUGAUGAUUUUGGCUAACCUGCAUUCAUGCCUUAGUGAAUCAUGGUUGCUUAGUUAUUAACUAGCACAGCUACCCUGACAAAUAUGAGGAUGUUCUUUAAUGUGUUAAAGUUGUCCUAGAAAUGAACUCCGGGUGUCCUAUAUAUACACAUAUUCUAUGAUUUCAAAUAAUAUGAUUGUAUAGCUACCAAAAAUAUCAUGCUAAUAAAAAAAGCACCUGUACAUCAGUAUGGAUAUAAUCAUGUUUCACUUGACGUGCAUUAUUAUUGCUA